AUGGUGCUCCAAGACGUCAGCAACCUGUUGAGCCCCUCUCUACAAGUGAGUCCCAACACUGUCGAAGUUCACUCAACUUCGCCGAGCGCUCGGAGCGCAUAUCCCUCAAUCGCUUAAUCCACGUAUCUCAUGUAGGCCAACAACUCUUUGGAUACUCGUAUGAAGACCGGUACCCUCGCAGGACCCUCGACCUCGGCGCUUGGACCUAGUACGAUCGCAUUGACGGACAAGACGGCGCCGCUAGCGCUGGCAAGGAUGAAGUUGAAGGAUACCAAACAAGAGCGUAGGGUAUCACCCCGCCUUCGAGUAAGACUUGCACCGAUGAAUCGCGUGGGUGUAACUGGUGCUGGUCUAAUUCCCAAAUACUACACCAUUGGUCUACCAGAAAUUGAGCGGGAUCGACGUCGACACCGAUACCGAAAUCGACUCGCGGCGACCAGCUGCAAUCGGUUCGAUCGAGACAGAGGUAGGUACGAAGAAGCUGAACUCGGUCAAAAAUUACUCUUGAUAGAACCCUGUUUGUAUGCCACAGAUCUCGUUUAGUCUUGAUCAAGGACUGACUGGAGCUGAGGUGCUCGUUAACGCUGAAGAGCGCAAGGAGGAAGCAAGAAGAACCUCGGCUGAGUUGGUAGGUCACCCAUUCACUUCUCUUCGAAGUGUACGUCGUGACGCUCACCCUCCGCACCGAUUUAGGAACGACUUGCGACCGAAUAUUCUCAAGCCGCACCUGAGAUCGCCCAUCUCAGGAACCAGCUUGGCGUUGCUCAUGUGAGUGGUGCGUCGACCGACACUCACAUAACGCAAGUUUGGCUCAAUGUAAGAAUACCAUCUGCCCAGAGCGAUGUUGCCCACCACGAAGCAGAAUUGCUCGUGUUGCGCGAAGGUCUAGACUGCCAUGCGCUGCGCAUCAUCGAGCUCGAAACCGACCUCGCCUCGGCUCUCGCGUCAAAGGAGUUCCACGAAGCGGAGAUCAAGACCAUGCGGAAAAGCCUUCAGGAGUUGGAAGCGGGGAGGGCAGAGAGAGAGAGGAUGAUCGCUCAGUUGACGGACCAAGUCAAGCACUUGUCCGAGCGAUUGACCGAGACGAGCGAUGAAGCCGAAUCGUUGAGGGGCGAGCUCAAGGAUGCACAAUUACGCCAGCAGCUGCAAGAUGAGGAGGGAAGGAACCUGAUCGCCGCCCAGGAAGAACUGGAACAUGCUUACGAUGAUGCGGUCGCUCAGGUGGGUGUACGCGCAGUGUUGUAACCCACUGGAUACCCUACUAACGCAGAAUUAGCUGUCCCACCGCCCGAAAGCUUGAGCUUUGGAAGAGGGAACACGGACUGCUGUCCGAUACGGAAGAGGAGCAAACUGUAAAUGAUAUUGACAAUUCGAUUGUGCGUUUUUCUGGCUGGAGAUAGCUGCAACGUGUCGCGCACUAACGAUGGUCCACUUUUAGGAGGAGGAGACCGAAGAUGACGACGACGAGCACCCAUGCACCGACGGAUCGGAGACGCUUAUCGAUCAUCGACAGAGGGAAUCGCAGCAGACCAACUCGGGCACUCAAGAACGAAGCGAAGUUCGUCUACAUCCAGCCGAGGAUGUCACGGAAGAAUUUGAUCUCGUGAACGUCGAGACCGACCUGACACCGCCAACCCCUCCGGCACCUUCGUCCUCACGGAGUGGCGGCAGGCACACCUUCAAAUCAAGACUCAACAAGCUGGUGGCAAGUGAAUCGAAUCUGGUGACGCUCAUUUCACACUACUGAUUACAGUAACCCGAGCCAUUUUAUUUUCCAGAGGGCGAAACCAAGUAGACCCCCGCCCCACGCGCUUCGACUAUUCGCCGAAAAGGAGCUCGAGGACGAGCUAGCGGAUCUGCGAUCGCAAGUCGAGACGUCGGCUGUGCCUUUCGUCUCAGACGAAGUCCGUCACCGUGCUGACCACAAGGCCGAUCAUCCUUUCUGCACAGAGAGUUAACUGACCUGUGCCGACAGUUCUAUUCGAUCGACAUGGCUAAAGUCUCGCGACUCCAAUCAGUCCAGGGUCAGAUCGACGAGCGGCUGAGCGCGAUUCGACUAGCAGUGAGCGUCGCCCAUCGCAUUUGAAUGCCCGAGAAGCUUGCUCUAACGCAGACACCGUUCACGAUCAGGCAACCAAGCUCAAGGCAGUGCAGUCGUUCGAGGCUUGA